CACUCACACUCUCUUCUUGCACUUCUGCCACCGAUCUCUGCUGGUUGACUGGGCCUGAGUCAGUCGGCAAGAGAAAGAAAGACAAACGGGCAGACAGACCAACGGAGGCUGAGGAACAAAGCCGAGACCACGAUGGGAAAUACACCAUCUCAAGGCAUGUCAAUGUUCAUCCAUUCUUAAGUAGCAGGGCUUGGUGGAGCUUCGGCUUCUCCUUCUGACCCAGGAGAGGGACGAUCUGCCUCCUGGUGGUCUGAGCCUGGAGCUGCGCCGUGUGGAGCCUGUGGCACAUCUGUCCCUGAGCCGUGCAAAGCCUGUGGCAUGUCCAGUUCUUCUUCGUCUUCUGACGAGGAGUCUUCCAGAAGAGAUAUCAUACUGGCCCCUAUUCCCAGAUGUAUGAGGGGCUUGUUGCAGAUACUCAGUGAUCCUGAGAGGACUAGCGCCCACAUGAUCUCAGCAGAUGAUGCAGAAUAUCCACGGGAAUACCGCACCCUGGGCAACGGCACACGUCGCUUCUCCAAUGUAGGGUUGGUGCACACCUCAGAACGUCGUCAUACUGUCAUUGCUGCCCAGAGUCUAGAAGCCCUCACGGGGCUCCAGAAGUCUGAGAUGGAACGCAAGAGGGAUGCAUUCAUGGACCACUUAAAGAACAAAUACCCACAGCAUGCCUUAGCAAUUCGAGGACAACAGGACAGGAUCCGGGAUCAGCAACCCAACUACUGGAGCUUUAAGACCCGAAGCUCUCGGCAUUCACAGGGUUCUCAGCCUGGCCUGGCUGAUCAAGCCAAGCUUUCCUUUGCUUCAGCAGAAUCUCUGGAAACCAUGUCUGAAGCUGAACUGCCCAUUGGGUUCAACAGAAUGAAUCGCUUUAGGCAAAGCCUGCCAUUGUCUCGUUCCACCAGCCAAACAAAACUUCGAUCACCAGGCAUCCUUUUCCUGCAGUUUGGGGAUGAGACAAGGAGGGUUCAUAUCACCCACGAAAUCAGCAGCAUGGAUACUCUACAUGCCCUCAUUGUUCACAUGUUUCCUCAGAAGUUGACAAUGGGGAUGCUCAAGUCCCCAAACACUGCCAUUCUGAUUAAAGACGAAUCCCGCAAUGUUUUCUAUGAAUUGGAGGAUGUCAGGGAUAUUCAGGACAGAAGUAUUAUCAAAAUUUACCGGAAAGAACCACUUUAUGCCUCAUUCCCUGGAUCCCACAUCACCAAUGGUGACCUUCGGAGAGAGGUGGUCUACACUUCCAGAGAAUCCUCUCCCACCCGGCGCCUAAACAGCAUGUCUCCUGCUUCCCACCUUACUUCUGGCUCUCCUCCUCCAGUGCUCCAAUCAUCCUCACCUUCCCGUUCCCGUAUGUCUUACAGUGGUGGGCGCCCACCCUCCUAUGCUGGCAGUCCUGUGCAUCAUGCAGAGCGCCUCUCCAACCUCCCUCCAGCUCAGGGAGUCUCACCAAGUCCAAGUGCUAUCUUGGAGCGCCGGGAUGUCAAGCCGGAUGAAGACCUGGUGGGAAAAAAUAUGGUUCUGGUGAAGAAUGAAGGCCUGUAUGCUGAUCCAUAUAGUAUGGUGCAUGAGGGACGUUUGAGCAUUACAUCUACUCAGUCACUGGCUGGGAUGGGGGAUCCAUUUGCUUACCCUGGAGGGCUUUAUAAGAGGGGCUCAGUGCGUUCUCUUAGCACCUAUUCAGCUGCUGCCCUACAAUCAGAACUGGAAGAUAGUUUAUAUAAGCCCAAUGCACAGAUCUACAGUGAUACUUACGGCCCAGGGAUGGGCUUCCGUUUGCCACCAUCAUCUCCCCAGAAAAUAGCUGAUGGCCGGCUGGUAGAUGUUCAGCAGAGCCAAAGUCCUCACAGCCCUUAUUCAGGGCCUCCAAGUCGAUCCUCACCAGUACGGCAAACUUUCCGCAAGGACUCUUGUUCCUCAGUGUUCAUGGAAAGCCCUGUCAAUAAACCACGGAAUCUCAGUUCUUCAGGUGCUUCAGAACUAUUCCCUGGACCUGGGGAACGACCUCAUUCUGGAUUCAGUUCACCUGUGCCUGCCAAGGAUACCGAAACAAGGGAGCGCAUGGAAGCGAUGGAAAAACAGAUUGCCAGCCUCACAGGAUUGGUUCAGAGUGCAUUAAUGAGAAGCUCAGAUGGAGAGACCCCCAGUGAGAAAACAGAAGGGACCAACGGAGGAACACCUCCAUCAGCACACCCAAGCAAGAGCAAUGUAGGGACUCCAGUUCCUGGACCUCCACCCCCAUCAACUACUGGCACACCAGCUGGGCAGCCCACUGCAAUCACUCGUCUACACAUGCAGCUGCAUCUCCAUGACCUGCAGCAGAAUGCCAGUGAACUCCGCAACCAGCUGCACCAACUCAAGAAGCUGCAGCUUCAAAAUCAAGAAACAGUGAAGACCAUGUUGCGACGGACAGAGACUGAAAUCAGUGUGCGGGUGACCGACACCAUGCGCAAACAGGAAGAUCCCUUACAACGGCAGCGCACUCUGGUUGAAGAGGAACGCCUCCGCUACCUCAAUGAGGAAGAACUCAUAACUCAGCAGCUUAAUGACUUGGAAAAAUCUGUAGAGAAGAUCCAAAAGGAUUUGAUGCAUAAUCACAGAUUCAUUUCCAUACAAGAGCUGGAGGAGAAAUCACUGGUGCUCAAACAGUUGGGAGAUACCUUGACAGAACUGAAGGCUAAUUUUCCCAGCCUGCAGAGCAAAAUGCGCGUAGUUCUCCGUGUAGAGGUAGAGGCUGUGAAGUUCCUCAAAGAAGAGCCACAUCGCCUGGAUGGCUUAUUCAAGCGGUGCAAGGCAGUGACUGACACCCUGACAGAAGUCCGCAAGCAAGUAGAUGAAGGUGUCUGGGAUUCCUCCAGUAACCUUCUCAACCAAUCUCCAAAGAAGGUAGAGCUGGAAAGUGACUUCAGCAGAAGCCUGGAUUUUGAGCUUCCCACCAGCCCUCCGACGAACCUCCAUGACCUAACUUCUUCCACUGACAGCCUAGGCACAAUCAGCUUUGGACCAAGCCAAGGGCAGAGCCACGCAUCCAAAAGUAGCAAUCCAUCCCGGGGCUCAGAGAUGAUUGGUGCCAAGCCCCAAACAGGCUCUGAGAUUUCCAGCAAAAAAAGUAUGGACAGAUCAGUGUCUGUGGAGUUUCUCUUUGUCCGCAUCCAUUUUAUCAUCCAUAUGAAACUACUGGUUUUCUCUGGAUAUGAGCUGACAGUGCCCAGAUAUCGUACAGAGAAGCCCUCCAAAUCUCCCCCUCCUCCUCCGCCCCGGCGAAGCUUUCCAUCUUCUCAUGGGCUGACAACCACCCGCACAGGAGAGGUGAUCAUCACCAGCAAAAAAGAAUCCAGUUUCAUGAAGAAAGCUGAAUCCGAAGAGCUGGAAACCCAAAAGCCUCAAGUGAAACUGAGAAGAACCGUAUCUGAGGUUGCCAGGCCUGCUUCAACACCCCCCAUCAUUGCUUCUGCCAUCAAAGAUGACGAUGAGGAGGAUAGGAUCAUUGCUGAACUUGAGGUAGGUUGGGAAAAGGGCAUUAGACUAAAAGUAAGGUCUGAGGUUCGAGAGUUUUGCAAAGAAACAAUUUUAACAUUCAACAAAUUCAGAGAAAAAUCUCACCAGACUGGAAAUUUGCAAAGGGAAGAUUCAUUAUGCAGAGUAUUUCAGAGAAGCUCUUCAUUUAUUCCUAAAUUCCGUUGCGACCAACCUGUGCCAACCACAGACAUGUGGCCCAAUGGGGCCACCGUAACCACCAAAGGAUGGAAGAGUGGUGGCGGUGUCUCGAUUCCAGCCAUGAAGAUGGUCAAUCCAGCAUCACGACUAAAGCAAACCCAGCAAGGCAGCCCAGACAAAAGCAAACACAUAAAGCAACGCAUGGAAUACAUGCGCAUCCAGGGACAACAGCAGGCCGCUAGAUCAACCAAGGACUCUGGCACGGGGAAUGAGACUUCCAGCCCAGUCUCAGAGAAACCUACUUCGGGCAGGACCUCCAUCCCAGUUCUGACUUCCUUUGGGUCACGGAACUCCUCCAUUUCAUUCUAG